AUGGCUGUGGCACUGGAUGCCGUGUGGGUUCGAGUGAAGAAUGUGUGCAAACAGAAUGGUCUCCUGAUUCUCUCUGUGCUGGCUGUUGUUAUUGGAUGCCUGCUUGGCUUUUUCCUUCGCUCACGACGCCUUUCAGAGCAGGAAGUGAAGUAUUUUCAGUUCCCAGGAGAAUUGCUCAUGAGAAUGCUGAAAAUGCUCAUUCUCCCCCUUGUCGUGUCCAGUUUGAUGUCAGGUCUGGCUGCCCUGGAUGCCAAAUGCUCCAGCCGUCUAGGUCUCAUCACCAUCUCCUAUUACCUGUGGACCACAUUUGUUGCAGUGGUGGUUGGCAUCAUCAUGGUGUCUAUCAUCCACCCAGGAGGGGCGGCGCAGAAGGAGGACUCAGAAGAUAGUGGCAAGCCCAUCAUGAGCUCUGCUGAUGCCUUGCUUGACCUCAUCCGCAACAUGUUCCCAGCUAAUCUGGUUCAAGCCACAUUUCAGCAGUAUCGUACCAGGAGUGUACCUAUCAUGAAGACACCAAAGCCCACCAUCAGUCAGAGCCUCACAGAAUCCACGACCAGGCGAGCACUCAUCUACGGUAUUCAGGAUGACAACGGAACAGACAUACAGAACUUCUCCCUGGACCUCACACCACCUCCUGAAGUCAUCUUCCGCACACUCCCUGGUACCAGUGAGGGCAUGAAUGUGCUUGGAAUUGUCAUCUUCUCAGCCACUAUGGGAAUCAUGCUUGGCAGAAUGGGACCUAACGGGAGUGCUUUGGUGAACUUCUGCCAGAGCUUAAAUGAAGCUGUAUUGAAAAUCGUUGCUAUUGUCAUCUGGUAUUUCCCUUUUGGCAUUGUGUUCCUGGUGGCCGGUAAAAUUCUGGAGAUGAGUGAUCCUUCAGACAUGGGGAAAAAGCUGGGCUUCUACGCAGUCACUGUGGUGAUGGGGCUCAUCCUACAUGGCCUGUUCAUUUUGCCCAGCAUGUACUUCUUCAUCACCAAGAAGAGUCCCAUAGUUUACAUCCGUGGCAUUCUACAGGCACUCCUAAUCUCACUGGCCACCUCCUCCAGCUCUGCAACACUGCCUAUCACCUUCAAGUGCCUCCUGGAGAACAACCACAUUGACCGGCGUAUCAUCCGCUUCGUGUUGCCAGUUGGUGCCACUAUCAACAUGGAUGGCACUGCACUGUACGAGGCGGUGGCUGCCAUCUUCAUCGCCCAGGUCAACAACUAUGAAUUGGACUUUGGGCAGAUCAUUACCAUCAGCAUCACAGCCACAGCAGCCAGCAUUGGUGCAGCAGGAAUCCCACAGGCUGGCCUUGUUACUAUGGUGAUUGUGCUAACGUCUGUCGGAUUACCUACUGAUGACAUCACUCUAAUCAUAGCAGUGGAUUGGGCACUGGAUCGAUUCAGGACUAUGGUCAACGUAAUGGGGGAUGCACUGGCCACAGGCAUCAUGGCUCACAUCUGCAGGAAAGACUUCAUUAAGGAAGGAGAGGGGGUGCCACUGAUCUGUGAGACCAAGCCCAUGAUCAGCGUUAAUCAGCUGAUGAACUAUCAGAAGAAUGGUGGUUACCAGCCUCCGACGGCCGUCAAGCCAGACCACAUCCCCCCUGACGUAGCACGUCUGAUGCAGCUGGAGGAGGGAGUGCGGCCUCUAGAGAAGAAGAAGCCCCCUGCUUCUCACAAACGCAUAGACAAGGACAGGGACCACUGUUCUAUUGAUAUGAAUGGCCUUGAAACUAAUGUAUAG